CUAACUUGUUACGUUUGUCUAUGACAGAGAAUCUGUGAAGGACUUGCAAUCUUCACUUAAAAAUUUAUCACAAACCAAGGUGCUGAGAGCCCCCAAUUUGAAAAUAUUGAAAAUUUUCAAAACGUGAAUUAUGUCCCUUCCACCACCAGUUCAGGUAGCUCCAUUAAUCAAGUUUGCAAGAUGGAGCUUACUUUCUGUUGGUGUUGUUUAUGGAGCUUUCCAUCAAAGAAGGUUCUCUAAAAAGGAAGCCCGGCUCAGGGAAAUCGAAGAACAACAUAGAGAAGCUAGGGAGGCUCAAUUGCUUAUUGAGAAUAAGGCACGACAGGAGAAAGAAAUGAAAGAAUUAGAGGCCCUUAUGAAUCCCAAGGCAGUCGCUUGAAGUACUCAGUUCAAUACCAGUAGAAAAUGAAGUCUAAAUAAGUGUUCCAAAUAGUUUAAUGUGUUACAAUAAACAUUUGAUAUCCACAAAAUAAAUAGGUUCAACUAUUA